ACUAUAUAAGCUUCCGCCUCCUAUAAAAUGGCUGAGAUUCUCCCGCGUUAAGGAAUUUUCAAAAUACUUCAGAAAGAAUGACCUCUAGCGAACCAGCAACGGACACCAAAACGGCAUCAUCACCAACAGAUGACCAGUCACUGAAGCUCGCCGUUGCAAUUUCACUUCUCCGAUCAAAACUUCUCCAAAAACAGCCUCCUCCCCCUCCCCCUCCCCCUCCCCCCCGCAAUCCUCCUUCAGAAUCCGACACUCUUCGCUGGAAACGAAAGGCUAAAGAGCGAAAACAAGAACUUCUUCGACUGAGAGAAGAUCUCAGGGAAGCCGAAGAUGCUUCACAGUGUGAUUUGUUUCCUCAAACUGCGUUAUGCAAAUGCUAUUUCUUUGAUAAUUUGGGGAAAUUAAGCCCUAAGCCAGUCGGAGACGGCUCCGAUCGCAGAUUUAAUGAUAUUCUCCGCCGUCGAUUUCUUAGACAAGUGCGGAUAAAAGAAAGAAGGAAGAGAAUAAAUAACUCAAAUAUAAAACUACGCUUUUCAGAUAUAUACAGCAAAAAUGAAGCAGAGCAACUUAGGGCCGCCGUUGAUUUUCUUGUGGAGCUUUGUGACACUACUUUGCCUGCAAGAGUAGAGGAGGCUAAUUUUGCUAACUGGUCACACCAAGCUGCAGACUUCAUUUUAGCAUCAUUGAGGAACCUGUUAUCAAUAGGAAAUAACAUGGAGCUCAUUGAAGGAAUUGUCAGUCGCUUAAUUGUGCGUUUAGUUAAAAGGAUGUGUUCCCCUUCACAUGGAGAUGAGUCACGUCAAACUGACACUGACACCCAGCUCUAUAUUCAACAAUUGAUCCGCAAGCUUGGAUGUGAACCUCACAUUGGGCAGCGAGCAAUACUUUCAGUUUCUCAGAGAGUUUCCAUGGUAGCAGAAAAUUUGUUAUUCUUGGAUCCAUUCGAUGAGGCCUUUUCAAACAUGCAUGAGUGCUUGUUCAUAAUGAUCCAACUUAUUGAGUUUUUGAUAUCAGACUACUUGUUAACUUGGUCGAGGGACGAGGGCUUUGACCAUGUGCUGUUUGAAGAGUGGGUGACCUCAGUUCUCCAUGCUCGUAAAGCAUUAGAACUUCUUGAGAGCAGAAAUGGGCUUUAUGUUUUGUACAUGGAUCGAGUCACAGGUGAACUGGCUAAACAUGUGGGCCAGGUUUCAUCAUUUCAGAAACUCAGCCAAGAUAUUCUUGACAAUCUAUUCUGCUGACGAAAGCGUGAAUUCUUUAAGAUAUUCUUCAAGGAGCAUGCUUAACAACAGACUAGGAAGCCCUUUGCCUAUCUAAGAUCCAAAUAAAGCCGACUUAUGGAAGCAUUGUAUUUGAACAGAUAGAUGGAAAGAUUUUAUGCAAUUAAGAAUUAUCUUCCA